AUGGACGCGGCCUCCAUGAACGCAGCCGCAGCCGGUGUGCGCCCGCCGCAUAUCGUCCAGAGACACAUCCACGCCGGCAUGGCCGACCACUGCAUCAUUUCGGUCCAGUAUGAUGGCAUGAGGUUCGACAUCCACAUUCAACCUGCGCACUUCCAGCAGUCGCCGACUGAAGAGCGCCGCUGUCUUCGAUACUUUGAGGGCAUCCGUGAUCAACUCGGCUUGCACCGCGCCGAGGUCGAGGCACAGUCCGAUCCUCCGGUCCCGCAGGACUUCUUCCGCAAAUUCGACGAGUGGAUCGUCACGAUCUCCCGGCCCCUCUUCGCCAAGUACAAGCCGGUCCUCCCGCCUAACUCCAUCGCCGACAAUGUCCGUGGCGGUUACUACGGCGGACCGCUGCUCUCGCAGUACCUCUUCCCCAUGGCCUGGACCGGCCACAUGGAAUGCAAGUACGGGGACUUCUCGAUCCGCAUCGAUGACCGGAUCGAUAGCCACCGGGGCUACUUGACGCCUCCCAAGCACUUUGUUGAUAGAUUGCUGGAGGAGAAGCUCUGGAAGUACGCCAAGAUGGUCGACUCUGCCAGGAUUGAGCUCCAGCGCGGCGGCGGUGAGGAGCAGGUAUUUCUGGGCCGUCCUGUCACUGUCUAUGCGGACCUUGACGGUACCGGACGCCUCACCUUGUGCCGUUUCCGGAUGUUUUCUCCUCAGGACUUGGCUUAUGCCGAGAUGUGGCUUGUCAAGUACCUGAAGAUGGUAGAGAACGGUUCGCCCACAGCCAUUAAAGGCGAGCAGGUCUUGGCUAUUGUGUCGAAUUCAGAUCAUUCGUUCUCUGGAAUGCUCUUCGCUUAG